AUGUUCAGACGGCUAUCAAACACUUUACCUCCAGACCCGACCUUCCCAACAGACCUCGACAAGCUUGGCUACUUCGUCAACGAGAAUGACUUGAUUCGACAAAAAGCCAAUCCGAAACAAGGAUACCAAUACAAGAUCAAUCGCAGCGAACGGGUCAAUGAUGCCUACAAGGAGGCUAUGAACGCUUGCUCUCGAAAGAUCGUCCUGGAGCGACUGCUGGAACUUGGUCUUCAAGAGCUCCCCCUACCACUCAACGUCACUCGAGAUACCAAGCAUGUUCCUAUCCUUGUCUCCAAAGAUCUUGCGACCAAGAAACACAUCAUCGUCCUUUUCCCUGACCGGCAGAAUGAUCCGGGUAUACUGGCCUACCGAGUUCUAGGUCAAGAAGGCAUCAAUAUCGGUUCAGUAAUCAACCUAGUAAAAGCAAUUCUAGGUCAAUCUAGCACGACACCUGAUGCAACACUAUCCCAACACAUCGAGACACCUGGUCUAGUCAUCGCCAAUCCCUCACAACUUAUCUGGUACAGAAGAGGAGCACGACCAGUGACCGAUCGAGAAUGGCUAUGUCUACCUAGACCGUCUGCUGUCCACGAAGCCAUGCGCAUCGACGAAGUCGAGAACCGAGUCGAAGGCAACAAGAACUUCCGGGAACACAUCCAAUACAUCUUUGAGCACGUUCUGUGCACUAAUGACGGCGAACCUGUGAUCUGCUGUCCGGAAGCCAAGUUCUCCAUCAUCGGUCAAGAGUAUGUCGGCUCAGAAGUGAUGCAAUAUCUCACGAACAACUGGCUGGGAUGGCGUAAUCGGAUCAACUGCGUCGCACUCAUCAACCCUCAGCAUGAGCUCUCAGAACUCUUCUCUACUUUCGACCUUACUGCGCCAGGUGAUAUAGCCGAGAAAGAAGAGAUUGUCAACUUCAUCGCAAAACGUACUCGGGCAUACCGACUAUCUCAACGACCACUCGAGACACUUCUAACGGGGCGAAGAAAGCUCGGCUGCAACAUAUAUGCUGCGGGUGAAAUCUAUUACGAGGAGAGCUGCCUCAUCAGAUGCUGGCCUAGUGUACUUGACUGGAUCGAAUUGUGUCGAGUCAGCGAUACGUUUGCAGAGCCAGCGUUCGACAUCAACUUGUCGGAUGACGAAGAGGCUGAGCCGAAAAUCAGGAGCCCUAGACGUAAUGGUCGUCCUUUGACUGAGGAGGAGCAAGGGAAUGUCCGGUUUCAUGGUAAUAUGGAGGUGACUGAGACUGGCACGGUCGCAAAGGCUGAAUGA